AUGUCGACCUACUCGGCCGCCACUCGAGCUGCUGCGCAGCGCGCAGGACACGCGCGCACAGCCUCGCUCGCGUCCCCCAUCCACGCACACGCACGCCACCUCCGCCAGCCCCUCACGCGCUUCGCUGCCCGCCGUCCCGGCGCGCCCGAUGCGCUCUUUGCAGCACACUUCACCGCCUCGUCGAGCGGCAGCCGCCUCAUGCACGUGCGCGCCAUCUCGUUCAACUCGGUCCCCAAGGCCGCCUUCCGCGUCGUCCGCCUGCCUGCCUACGGCCUCGCCGCAGGCGGCGGCGCGCUCGCCUACGCCAACUACAAGGUCGACGAGUUCAAGGACAUGCUCGGCCGCUCCUACGGCCGCCUCUCCGAUCGCGCCAAGGAGGCCUACUCGGGCAUCUCGGAGCUGGGUGCCGAUGCACUCGAGAACGCACGCGACUCGUGGGAAGCUCUCAGCGAGCGUCUCGACGCUAUUGAGCUCCCCGACACGCCUGGAUUCCUGCGCAAUCUGUUUUCGGGAUUCAGCAACUCUCAAAGCAGUCAAGAUGCAUCGGGCGCAUCAAAGUGGUCUGCUGGCGGCGGAAGCGGAGGCCCCGAUCCCAAUGGCACCUCGGCCAUGGCCGGCGCAGCUGCCGUCGUUGCAUCGUCGCUCUUUGGCGAUGACGAGGCUUCCACCGACGGCACCGCAGACACGGCAUCAAAGACGAGCACCGAGGAGCUCAUGCUGCUGACACGCAAGCUCAUCGAGGUGCGCAACAUCCUCAAGGACAUCGACCACGAGUCGGACCAGCUCACGCUGCCCUCGAUCGUCGUCAUCGGCUCGCAGAGCAGCGGAAAGAGCUCCGUGCUCGAGGCCAUCGUCGGCCACGAGUUCCUGCCCAAGGGCAACAACAUGGUGACGCGGCGCCCCAUCGAGCUCACGCUCAUCCACACUCCCGCACAGCCCGGCCGCGCCACCAAGGACACGCUCGUCGAGUACGCCGAAUUCCCCGGCCUCGGCCUCGGCCGCAUCACCGACUUUUCGCACGUCCAAAAGACGCUCUACGACCUCAACAUGGCCGUGCCCGCGGCCGAGUGCGUUAGCGACGAGCCGAUCGAGCUGCGCAUCCACAGCCCGCACGUGCCGGACCUCACGCUCAUCGAUCUGCCCGGCUACGUGCAGAUCGCCAGCAUGGACCAGCCCGACGAGCUGCGCGAAAAGAUCCAGACGCUGUGCCAAAAGUACAUCCAGGAACCCAACAUCAUCCUCGCCGUGUGUGCCGCCGACGUCGACCUCGCCAACUCGCCCGCGCUGCGCGCCAGCAGGCAGGUCGACCCGCUAGGACUGCGCACCAUCGGCGUCGUCACAAAGAUGGACCUCGUCCCGCCCGAGGUGGGUGCCGCCAUCCUGUCCAACAACAAGUAUCCGCUCUCGCUCGGCUACGUGGGCGUCGUGUGCAAGAACAGCCUCGGCAUGUUCCAGAGCGCACAGGGCCACGACCGCGCCGGACAGGGUCGCAUGGCCAGCAUGGUGACCAAGCAAGAGUCGGACUACUUCAACGCCAACCGCGAGCACUUCAAGGCGCCGGCGCGCGGUCGCAAUGCGGGCGUCGAGCCCAUGACGGGCACGGACACGCUGCGUCGGCGGCUCAUGACGGUGCUCGAGGAGAGCAUGGGUUCGUCGCUGCACGGCAUCGCCAACGCGGUGCAGGUGGAGCUCGAGGAGGCGUCGUACCAGUUCAAGGUGCAGUACAACGACCGCACCAUCACGGCCGAGUCGUACGCCGCCGAGACCAUGGACGCGCUCAAGCUGCGCUUCAACGAGUUUGCGGCGCACUUUGGCAAGCCCGAGGUGCGUGCGCUGCUCAAGCACGCGCUCGACGAAAAGGUCAUGGACAUCCUCGCGCAGACGUACUGGAGCGAUGCACGCACGCCGGAGCUGGCGCAGCUGGCGGAUGCGCGCAAGCUGGCGCCGGACCAGCUCGACAAGUACUGGCAGUACAAGCUGGAUGCGUCGUCGUCGGCGCUGACCAAGGCGGGGAUCGGGAGGAUGUCGACGCAGCUCGUGGUGGAUGCGAUCCGCACGCAGAUCGAGCAUCUGGCACGGAGCGAGCCGUUCAACCACCAUCCGGAGGCGGCCGAGCGCAUCGUGGCGUUUAGCAGUGCGAUUCUGCGCGAGCGCUUCGGACUCACCGCCGACCAGGUGGAGAACUGCGUCAAGCCGUUCAAGUACGAGGUGGAGGUGGAGCCGGCCGAGUGGGAGGCUGGGCGGCAGCGGUCGGUGAGCCUCGUGGAGCGCGAGCUGGACAUGUGCGAUGCGGCGUUCAACGGGAUCAAGAAGCUGCUUGGCGGUAGACGGCUCAAGGGCGCGAUGGAGUAUGUGACGCAUAUGGAGGAGCGCGAGCGGCGGCGGGUGCAGGCGCGUCUGCGCGCGCGCGAGCAAGCCGACUCGUCCGACGCAUCGAUGGAUGAAGACGACAGCAACGACCCUACUCGACCGGACUACAAUUCGGCGCUACUGAUCAAGGCGCGCGAGGCAUUGUUCCUGAGCGAACGCUCGCGUAUGUUGCGUACGCGUCUGGGCAGUUUGCGAUCUCGACGCUGCAAGACCGGUCCUGAGAGCAAGGCCUUUUGUCCGGAGACGUUGCUCAACAUUGUUGCCGAGAAGCUGACGUAUACGGCGGUGAUGUUUAUCAACAUUGAGCUUCUCGCCGAGUUCUUUUACCAGUUUCCGCGCGAGAUCGACGCGAAACUCAUGCACCAUCUGGAUGCCGACCAGCUCGCUGCGUUUGCGCGCGAGAAUCCGGCGGUGAAGAAGCAUCUGGAUCUGCAGACGCGCAAGCACAAGCUCGAACAUGUGUCGAGCGUCAUCGGCGAGCUGGUCAAGGUGUACAAGCAGAAAAAUUCCGCUUCAAGAUGGGCGUUUUUCUAG